UUGGGUGGCUCCUCUCCCCGGGAUGAAGUUGAAGGGGACAUGGAUUCGAAAAGUCAUGCUGGGUUACCCAAUUCACCCUCUUCUUCAGGUGGGUUCCGUUAGUUUUCUUCAAAAGGACUGAUCUAUGUAGAGAGGACAUGAUGUGCACCGCAUUACAUUGGUGGAAAUUUUUGAUAUACUUUGUACAAGACAUGUUGUUUGCCCCUCCAAGAUUUUGUUUUCAGACUGUAGGAUGGCUGUGGUCUUGGGAACGUUCAAUUGAUCAUCACAUCUCCUCGGGCCCUACCACAGUAAAUUAUUAAAUGAAACUCCCGACCUGUUAUUCCUUUUUAUUUCGCGGCAUCAAAGGCGGUUUGGAGAUUUCGACAGGAAAAUUUUCCUCUGCGGUCAAAAACCAGAGAAUCCUCUGUUGUUACUCGGGCAGUAUAGUGAUGACGAAUUGGAUGAGGAAUCGGGUCAAAAACUUAAUGAAGCCAUCGUGGAGAAAAACUCAACCAACUUAAAUGGCCAGGUUGAUGGCAAUGAAGGAGAAGAUAUGGAAAUCAAUGCGGGCGAAGAUGUUGCCGCUGACAAUGUUGAACAUGACAUGGAGAUUCUUUCUGCUUCACUGGAGGUUUUGCAGAAACCGGAGGACAAUGAUGCUAAAGAAAUUGAUGUUAUUGGUUCUGGGGAUUCAUGUAAAGAAGAUUUGAAGGAACACACCUCUGGUCUUGGAAAUUCUGAUGCACAAGUCAUUGGGGAUGUAAGUUCAGGCUGGAAGAUGGUGUUGCAUGAAGAGAGUAAUCGAUAUUAUUACUGGAAUACUGUCACUGGGGAAACUUCAUGGGAAGUACCUGAUGUUUUAGCUCAGGGAACAGAAUUGACCUGUGAACAGAAAUCUGUUUCUAAUAGCGAAGGAAGAGAGAAUGCUGUUGUGGGUACACACGAAUCAAAUUCUACUUCAGAUAUUGGACUGGAUGAUUCUUUAGCUGCACAGACGAAUGAUUGCUCUAAACCUAAAGAAAUUUAUGAGCAUGGCCCCCAAACGGAAGUGUGGAAUGAAGGUUAUAAGGGUGACAUUUUGGAAGAUAAAGAAGGGGGCUCCAAUAUCAAUGGAAGUGGUGAAAAGAAUAGCUCUGAUUAUGUACUGCUUCAUGAUGUUUUCCCCAGGCAGUCAGCUGAUUCUUUUGGGAAUGGGAUCACCACAGCUGAUACAAAAGCUCAUGAAGAACAUGAAACAGAGGCUGAUAUUUCUUCUUCUCUUGUGAAACAUGGUGAAUAUUUGUUGGAGAGAUUGAGGUCAUUGAAAGGUCCCAAGGGCCAUCUGCAAGGAGAUGAUCAGAUAGCAAAGUAUAUAUUGGAAGUUGAGAUUAGACUUUCUGAUAUCACGUCACUCUUAUCGUAUGGGUCAUCCUUGCUUCCUUUUUGGGUGCACUCUGAAAGGAAACUUAAACAGCUUGAAGUUAUCAUUAAUGAUGUUGUUCCCCAAUUUUUUAAAUCUGCACAAAUGACUGAAGCUGAGGAAACAUAUAAUUCACAUGAAAGAAUGAGCAUUAAUACGAAAGCAGAUGGACAUGAAAAAGAAGUAGUUUGUUGUACUUAUGAACAGUCUCAUGGUUCUAAUGUUGGUAUAAUAACUGAAGUCCAGAAAUAUUCACACAAUGAAGCUCCAGAUUAUGAUACCAUCGACUCCGAACGUGUUUCCUUAAUUGGAUAUGGAACUGAGCAUUCUGGAGGGAGUGCAGGAGGAAAAGGUGAAGUCCAUGGUGCUGCACUUCCUACUGAACUAACUCCCAAGACUGUACUCGACGCUGAGGAAGAUGUAGACAUGGACGUGGACAUGGAAGUAGAAGAUGCAAUUCUUGCAAGCAACACAGAGACUGUUGAAUAUUGCGCUCCACCAGAGCAGCCUAUUCAGCCAAACCCAUCUGCAGAAUAUGAAUCAUUUAUGCCAGAGGAAGAGCUCGGUGUUCCACCUCCUCCAGAUGAUGACUGGAUUCCUCCACCACCGCCUGAUAAUGAACCUGUUCCUCCACCACCACCUGAUGAGCCACCUGAACCGUCAUAUCCUGAGCCACCGUCAUUUCCAGAGACAAUGCCACCUCUUUCUUACACAGAACAGUACAAUCUAUCCUAUCCAGGUUCUAAUUAUGAAUAUUAUGGACAAACAACACACAAUGAAAUUCCGGGCGGUAACUUCUAUGGACAUGCUGAGGGAUGUCAAGUAGCUGUGCUCCAUCCGACACUUUAUUAUGAAGCAGUGCCCGGAACAUAUCCCGGCGCUCCUCCAGUUGUUGUCAAUCCUAUUGAGCCGGUAGCAUAUUAUGAUCUUCAAGAUGGAGCGGUAGCUCCUUUACCUGUAGUUAGUGGGGUGGGAUCUUCUGGGUUUGACGGUGGAUCUGUUAAGGACACCCUUUCUUCCGAAAUCAGAUCUAUGGGGGUGCUUACAGAAUCAGGCUGCAUUUCGUUACCAAAUACCAAGGUUGACGCUUCUGCUUUUGAUAAGGGAACUCAGAAGGAAUUUGCAGAGGUUCCUUCUACCCUAGCCACAAUUGAAGCUCCAGCAAGCAUUUCAGUGAUUGAAAAUGUUCCCGUCUCAUCAACACCUGCUGUCACUGCUAACGCUGUUGCUACAGCAUUAACAGUUUCUAAGGGUCAAUCUAAAGUUCCACGGAGUAAGAAACGGACAAUUGCUGUGGUGCCCUCUUUGAGGUCAAAUAAGAAAGUUUCUAGUUUGGUGGACAAGUGGAAAGCGGCCAAAGAGGAGUUGCAUGAAGAUGAGGAGGAUGAACCUGAAAAUGCUUAUGAGAUUUUAGAGAAGAAACGGCAACGGGAAAUAGAGGAAUGGCGUGCUAAGCAAAUUGCCAGUGGAGAGGCCAAAGAUAAUGCUAAUUUUUUGCCUCUUGGUGGUGAUUGGCGUGAGCGGGUGAAGCGUAGGAGAGCCCAGUCAGCCAGUAAAGCUGUACAGGCUCCAUCAGAAGAUGUUACUGAUGGAAACAAGCAACCUGAUUUGAACGAACUUUCAAGAGAUCUCCCAUCUGGGUGGCAGGCUUUUUGGGAUGAAUCCUCAAAGCAGGUGUAUUAUGGAAAUUCAAUCACAUCGGAAACAACGUGGAUUAAACCAACAAAUUGAGCCAUUAACAAAUUUGACAGAAUUUGUGACUGAUCCGUCCCACCUUGGGUUGUAUUUUCCACCUCUGCUGCACAAUUCUGUCUGCAAGUAUGCCAAGUCAGACAUUGACGACGGGAUAUAGUCAGGACAAGCAUUUCUGUUCGAAGUAGAGGAAGAAUUAAAAAAAAGAAAAAAAGAUACGCCGAAGCUCAUCUCGAGGAAUUGGUGCUCGAAUUAUUGGAUCUAGAGCAGAAUUUCUUAGCAUGGGCGGCAUACAAGUGGUGGGUUUUAGAAACUCAAAAACAAUACUUUGGACCGGGAAGAAAAGAAGUCUAGGAAGAAGAGUCUUCUUGCUUUAGAAUUCGGCAUUGGUUUACUCUAUUAGUACUCAUUUUAAAUCACUUGGUUUCUAUAAUUGACUCGUUUUGUCCAAUUAUUUAGUUUAUAUUUUGUGCAAUGCACAGCUGGGGAAUGUACUAGGUUAAUUUGAUUACAUAUGAAGAGAAUUAUUUCAGAGCCUUGACGUUGUUCAUUCAAGGUCUCUUGUCGGACAUGUUAAGAUACAAAUUUGAGAGGAUGUGGCACAUCUUGGGCUAUGAAAUUGCUGCCCCUUGGGUGUGCCAUAUAACUGAUGACAUAUCUUGUCGGCUAAAUUGUACUGGGAAUUUACCAAGAAAGCCAUCAUCUGAGAGUUCCAACAUAGUAUAAA